CAGGCACUUUGGGAACUGCCGCCCCGUAAGGCCUCGAGCGAGGGACGGAGAGAGACGGCGAGCUGCUUUUCUUGCGUCUCAGAAUCGUCUCCGGCUGUACGGGGACUGAAAGAGACACGCGUGCGAGGGAGACGCUGUGUGUGUGUGUGUGUGAGCGGAGGAGCUUAACAGCUGCUCUGCCGGUGGCUCCGUUCGUGUGUGUGAGUGUACUUCGUUCAGCGUGGUGUCGGAUGUGUUCUGACAAGACGUGCCGUGGCUGGGACGAACGGCCUGUCUGUGCUCGAGUGUUUUUGUGUGUGUUUGUGUGUAUCAGAAAUUGAGGAAGUGUUAUGCCAUCCAGCUCUGAAGUGGUGUGUGAAGAACAGAGAAGGACAGGAGCAGCCAAACAGGCUGAGGGGGACAGUAUCAGAAUCAUGUCUUCCAAGCAAGCCACCUCUCCGUUCGCCUCAACCCCUGACGGAGGCGAGGAUGGAGUGAAUCAGGAGCGCAUGUCCUGGGAGAAAGAGGAGAACUCGGAGUCACUAGUCGCCCCUCAGCUGCCCCUGCACAAUCUGCUCCACAACAAACCUCCCCCGGAGGAGCUCCAGCCAAUCAGCAGCAGCGUGCCGCCCGAAUCCGACUGGGACAGCCUGAUGUCAGCCCAGCAGCGCAUGGAAUCGGACAGCAAUAAAGUAUGUUCCUUAUACUCCUUCCGGAAUAACUCUACCUCUCCACACAAGCCAGAGGAGGGGGCCAGGGAGCGCGGCGACCUGCUGAGCAGUUCAGCCUUCGGAACGCCAGAGCGCCGCAAAGGAAGCCUGGCCGAUGUGGUGGACACACUGAAACAGAAGAAACUAGAGGAGAUGACAAAGACAGAGCAAGACGAAUCCUCCUGCAUGGAGAAACUCCUUUCAAAAGACUGGAAAGAGAAGAUGGAGCGACUCAACACAGGCGAGCUGUUAGGAGAAAUUAAAGGUACUCCAGAAAGUCUUGCGGAGAAGGAGCGACAGCUCUCCACCAUGAUCACACAACUCAUCAGCCUGCGAGAGCAGCUCCUGGCCGCCCAUGAUGAGCAGAAGAAACUGGCUGCCUCACAGAUGGAGAAACAACGUCAGCAAAUGGAGCUGGCACGCCAACAGCAAGAGCAGUAUUUUGACAUGUUCUGUCCACAGAUUGCACGACAACAGCAGCAACUUCUGCAGCAACAACACAAAAUCAACCUCCUGCAGCAACAGAUCCAGCAGGUCCAGGGUCAGUUGCCUCCACUGAUGAUACCAGUGUUCCCUCCAGAUCAGAGAACUCUGGCGGCCGCUGCAGCACAACAAGGAUUUCUACUUCCUCCAGGGUUCAACUACAAACCAGGUGACCCUUACCCUUUACAGCUAAUCCCUACGACUAUGGCAGCGGCUGCUGCGGCGACGCCUGGCCUCGGCCCUCUUCAACUGCAGCAGUUGUAUGCAGCUCAGCUAGCUGCCAUGCAGGUGUCUCCGGGGGCCAAACACAGCACAGUGCCUCAGGCCAACCUGGCAACCGGAACACUCUCGCCCACCAGCGGCCAGAGCGAGAAAAACAGAAGCACCCCACCACCAAAGCCCAAGGACGAGGGCGCUCAGCCCUUGAAUCUGUCGUCCAAGCCUAAGGCAUCCGAGAGCAAGUCACCCACCUCCCCCGCUUCCCCACAGGUCCCUGCCCUGAAGCUGGGCCCCGGGUCCCUGAAGCACAGCGCCCCCUCCAGCAUCGGAGGACCGCCGUCCAGACUCAGCUCCAUAGACCUGCUGUCAUCCAUCACCUCCGGCGGCUACCUGAACGACCAUGAGGCAGUGACCAAAGCUUUCCAGGAGGCCCGACAGAUGAAGGAGCAGCUAAAAAGAGAACAGCAGGUUCUGGAUGCCAAAGUAGCGGCAGUCAACAGCCUGAGCCUCAACAACGGUCGCUCAGAGAAGGAUAAAGCCGCUCUUGAAAGCCUGAGCCAACAAUUAAAACAGUCUGAAGAAAGCAAGUUCACUCACGCAAUGAUGGACUUUGGCAUCAGUGGCGAUUCAGAUGGAAGCCCGAGUGUGUCAGACUCUCGAAUCUUCAGGGAGGCUCGAGGACGUGGCAGCAGCGAACCGCACAUCAAGCGGCCCAUGAACGCCUUUAUGGUCUGGGCUAAAGACGAGAGGAGGAAGAUCCUUCAGGCCUUCCCUGACAUGCAUAACUCAAACAUCAGCAAGAUCCUCGGUUCUCGUUGGAAGGCCAUGACCAACCUGGAAAAGCAGCCAUACUAUGAAGAACAGGCCCGUCUUAGUAAGCAGCACCUAGAAAAAUACCCAGACUACAAGUACAAACCACGGCCCAAGCGCACCUGCCUAGUGGACGGAAAGAAACUGCGCAUAGGUGAAUAUAAGGCCAUCAUGCGCAACCGCAGACAGGAAAUGCGCCAAUACUUCACCGUAGGGCAGCAGGCCCAGUUGCCUUUGUCCUCAGCGGGCGUUGUGUACCCAGGCGCACUCUCUAUGGCAGGAAUGCCCUCUCCACAGAUGCCCUCUGAGCACUCGAGCAUGUCCAGUAGCCCCGAACCUGUCCCACCCACCAGCCAGCCCUCUUACCUCACACACAAGGGGGAGGGGCCUCGCGUUAAGGAGGAGGAGCUCCGAAUGGACGACGGCAACGGCGACGCCUACGAUGACUUCGACUACGAAGACGAUGACGGGGACUAUGGAAGCGACAGCGAGAAUCACAUCACUCAGUAAACCUGCCAAUCACUGACAUCUCACCAGUCACCAGGCAUCUCACGCAAGCAAACUUCAUUCCGCCCCCAUACACCGUCCAAUCAGGACUCCUCCAGAGCCAAGCCCGAUAUACACAGCAAAGCACAGGACCUGUCAAUCAAAGUGACUGUUACAUGGAAAGGAGGGUCUUGUAAAAGAAGCAUAACACUUGCCUUGACUCCCGCUGAGCGAAACGUACCGCGGCAAGUUCAUAUUGAAUCAUGAGUAAGCUACGAUGACAUAGGAAAAAUGACCCUUAAACGGUUUGUUAUCGAGACAUUUAUUACUAAGGACCUGUCAGUCGACCCGUCAUAGACACUUUAAAAUGGUGGACCUGUUUGUUUCUAAAGAGACACUUUUAAACAGCUUUUUUUCUUGGUUCUAUAAUAUUCUCACUCAGGUACACAGUGCCAACAAGUGGCUUGUGAAUGUGAUUUUGUUGUUUUUGUGCUACAGUUUUAAUAGAGAAAAAAGACAUUUAUUUUCCUCUUCACCGUAAAGCACCUGACAGGAGUAAAAAUGACAAACAUUACCUUUUUUUUUUUGGUUUGUUUUUCCUUCGGCGUGCUAUUAGCUGAAUCUCUUUCUAUCAUCCUCACGCCCAUGUCCUCUCACUCAAAGAUGUCUUUUCUGUUGGACGAAAGGAUGGAAGGGAGGAUUCACGUCCCUUCACUCAGGAGUUCGGACAUCGCUGGAUGACAGACAAUCCCUCCUUCCUCACAUCUUUUCCUCUUGACACGCUUUUACUGUUCCUUUCUCCUCCUCUUCUGUGGGAGCUUUGGAUGUUGACGUCUCUUUCAGGUGUGGAGACAAACUUUAUGAGAUAGCACAAACUUUGUGUUUGGUGAACAGCUGACAUGGCGAUGGUUAUCAUGGAGAGUGAAGCCUCGAGCAGAAUUU